GUAACGCGCUCAGCGCUGGGUGUUCUGUGCGCAACAUCUUCACUCUUGCUCACUCAAAACAGAGACGCUGUGAUAGAAUCUGGCAGAGCGCUCGGGAACAUCACUACUACACUUUGUCGCACGUGAAAACGUGAUUCAUUUUUUUUAUAGCCCGGGUAAGCUAAAGUAACGAUUUUUAUCUUCAGUUCUCUGUUCAUGGAACUUGUGGUAGUUGGUGCUGGUGCGUAUACUUUUUCCUGAGAACGGCACUCAUAGAUUCGGUUUCAACUUUCCCACAGGUGGACUUUGACCUUGACAUUCCUCUACGGUCUCGUUCUCGCCAUGGGGAACCACGGGAGUCGGCGCGACCAACGGAAGUGGGCUCGACAAGGUGGAAAGGCCGCUGAUGCUCUGAAUCGUGUGGAAGAGCUACGGGGUGGUGCCGUGGACUCUUACGACAAACUCAUCGCCUGGCUGGCAGAGAUGGCAGAGUCGGACAACGUGGAACUGGACACCUCCGUGUUCGUAUCCCAGCUCAACCGUGUGUGUGGCGGGCAUGCGCAGAACAACUUCCUGGGCGUCUCCGGACCGGCGCUGGGCGGGGCGAUGGGUGGAGGAGCUUCAGCUUCCUGUCGUCGGGCUGUCAAUGUGCGUCAAAACUCCGCCUCCUGCGACAGUCACGUGUCUCACGCUAGUUCAGACUUCACUCAGAAACACCGAGGCUCCAUGAGGUCUGAAGACUUUCUCGACCCUCGAGCGGCCUGGAAGUCAGGGGUCUGCUCCAGACAGAACACGUUCAGCGAUGACCUGGAAGAGGAAGACCCGGAUGUACGUAACGCCAGCAUGGAGAGUCUCUACAGCAGCACGGACCGCGACAGCGAGCUAGGCUCUGUCUCGGCCUACGACGCCACGUCAAGACGGAGUGGGCGGACCUACAACUCCACUAACUCGGGAUCACCUUUACUGCGGACUGCUAUGACCAACCGUCUCUGUCGGGGCGGAGUCAAACAGGGUGGAGCUACUCCGCGAAGCUCGAGUACAGGAAACUUAUUGGACAUCGUUGAUAAUCCCGACGGGACCCCGAAGAGACAGUUCUCGGGGGCUUUUUGCAGUCGAAGAAGUGUUAGUCUUCUCAAUCUGAGCCCUCCAGCUCCCAUGAUUCCUUACGACGGCAUCCCUAAACUAGUGUUCACACAGGAAGAUGACGUAUCCUACACCGAUACAUCCAGCGACGUCACGACUCACAUGGUCGCUCGGAAACUAGGCUCACGGAAAAAGUCCAGCACCGGCUGGUCCUCCCGACAAAAAGCUAAUAAAUUUGAACGUCAAAUCUCGCUUCACGCUGAAGGAAGCCCUUGUGGUUCUUCGUCAAAUUCAGGCUCGGCCACGCCUGUCUACCCACCUCCUACUGUCGCGGAGCCCGAAAAAGCCCAAGCCCCAGCCGCACCUGCUUUCUUGAACGACGCUCUUUUAGACGGGAACCUGGCAGACAUUCUGUUUUCUGUAGAAGCGCUGUGGCCCAAGAAAUGAGCAUGUCCGGAGAAAGAUCCGCUUUCUUGAAGUUUAUUUUCUCAACAGAGGAAAAAGGCGGCCUGUCUGUCUGGCUACACGAGCCGUUGAAAUCAAAUGUCAUUUCUGAUUUUUUUGACAUUCAUACACGGUGGCGCAAGUCAAACGGAACCCGUCAAGUCGAGCUUGAAUCAGUCAACUCUGUCAAUCGGUGCUGAUCUUCUUGGUGCUUGAAAGUUGAACUCAUUUCAACUUCGAUGUUUGGAGCAGAGAUUGAUGCUGCACUGAAUCUAUUUGAAGGUUUCAACGAUUGAGACUGGAUUUUGUUUUGUGGCGCUGUUGUCUGAGUCCCGGCAACACCGGAUGCCCUUGACCCCUGACCCAUGGUCCAGGAACAUGCAAUGGGCGUACUGGGCUGAGAUACGAACCUUAUUGUUGUUGUCAGUUUUUGUGCCCUCUUAGUUGAACUUCUUCUCUGUGUUAUAUCUUUGUGUCAAAGAUUCACUCGUAUUUUUUGUAGUAUAAAUUUAAGCCUCGAGGUAGGUUCCAGAAGAAAACAAACAAACAACUUUCAGUUUUCUCUCGAGGAGAUUUUUCAUUUUGUUUGAGGACAAAGGUGUGCGUCUUUUAAUGAACUUUUUGGCUACCAUUGCCAUCAUUCACAACUUUCCCUGCAAAUUUACUUUUGCGUGUUAGUUCACUCAUUAUAUUUAUGUCUCUGUUGUACCAUUUUAAAAAACCUCUACGGUACAUGAUAAACUCUUUGAAGAAACAGAAACUCUGUGUCUUUCAGAUAAUUACACAACAUAUCAACCUAAAUGUUUUCAGCUGUACAUAUUUCUGCUGCUGUUCUGUUUGUUUGAUUAAGUAUUUAUUAUAAUAUUAUUACAGACUUUCACGCCUCUAUAAACGAAGCACUACGCCACUGCAAGGCUCACUCAUGUUAUAAUUGUUCACCCCUGAUUUAGCCAUGACGUGCUUUAAUUUUGCUCUUGAGCUUCUUCUAUAUUUUUUUUCAAAUGUCAACUUUCAAUUUGUCUUGAAUCCACCCCCCUCCCGCCCAAAGUGCUGCUAGCACUACCCCCUCCCUGCUCCCCCCCCCCCAAAAAAAAAAAAUUUAAAAAAUAAACAAUACAUUAACAUUGCACUUUGCCUUGAAAUCACAGACUGCUUCUCAAAUAAUAACAUAUCCGAUUUCUGUUCCUGAACUCUCUACAAUUGUUUAAAGAAGCGACAAAAUUGUUUCCAAGUUCAAACGUCUCUCCCUGGCUUACAUUACACUCAUCACAUAUCUGACAUAUUUGUUACACUGUUCGAGCCCUCCCAAAGUGGUCCCCUGGUGUCGAUGACCGAGCACAUCAAUCGUUGGCCUCAUCAGGCUUGUUCCGAUCUCACAUCAAACUAGGACAACUGCCGAUAACAUCACACAAUGUUCUGACCCUUUUAUUUUAUUUUAUCUAGUUUUGUUUUGUUUUCUUCUCUCUUUUUUCCCUCUGAAACUUUUUUAAUGGGUUUUAUCUCUGUACUCUGUACCAUUUUUCUCUAUCCUUUCUCCCCCCCCCCUCCACACACACACAGAGGUAAUACCCAUAAGUGUGAAUUUCCUCCUUUUGUAUAUUGAUAUACAUCAUGUACCCCACAAAAUGAACCCAAAAAAAGACAAACAACAGGGAGCAAAAAAAGGAGAAAAAUCAAACCAAGAAAGACAAAGCCAACAUCAAAAACAACGAAACAACUACAACAACAUCAACAACAAAUCAUGCCAACUAAAAACAUCUACCUCAGGCAAAAAACAAAACAAAAACAGAACAACAUUUUGACACCCCCCCCACCCCCUUUCGUGACGCGUUUAUCCACCCAGGAUACAAACACAUCACGUUGGGGGAACAAAAAUAGAAGACACUGAGGUUAACCUGAGCCUAAGCACCCGAAUUCUUUGUAAAUAUUUAUUCAGUGGGAUUCCAGAUUCGCCCUUCUUGUUUCCAUCACGAAAACAUUUAGCAAUGGCUUUUAAUUUGAUGUCCUGAUGUUUAUCCUUUGUUGGCUGCCUUCCCCAUCUCCAUCCCACUUUUUAAACCACCCAUUCCCCUUUCUUUAAAAGAAGUAAUAUUUUCAUGAAUUUGGAACUCCGCCAACUCCCCCCCCCCCUCCUCCCCACCCUCCAAUGUCGCGACCGGCACUUCUUAAACUGAUACUGUAACCCCACAGGCAGUCCCGGUUUGCACGACUCUGCUUUCAUUUUAUACAUGUAUUAGUAUAUUAUCCUAAUUCAUGCACUCUGAUGUAAUAACAAUUGACCAUGGAGCUCACGAUUUGACUCAGUUCGAGGUAAAUCAAGGGCAAGGGGGGAAUAGUGCCGCGCACACUCGACUAUUGAUGUUUUAUUUGGGCCAACGGGCACGGUUCAUGGUGAUCCCGAUUCACAGCAAAGUAAAGAGUCUGUGCUUGCUCUCUUUUCAGAAAGUUUUCAUUUGCGUUUUCUAGAUCCUUUCCCAUCCCUUUCCCACCCCUUCUUCACCCCUUCUUUUUUAAAAUACAUUUCUCUCUUUCUAGCGACAUCAUUAAUUAAAUGGCUUGUUUGUGCGAACCAUUUCUCCGCAAGAUCGUUGAACCAACUCUGUGAACCAUUCAUUUCCCUUGACUGUACAACAACAAAGAACCUAUGUUUGUUUUCCUCGCAGCGCCAUGGAUGGCGUCGUUAACCGAAUUUGUCCAAAUACGGAAAACGAGAUGACGUCUGGAAAACAAGUGACCCUUUUGUAUCGAAAACAUAGUCUAAACUUUGAACGAACUCUUUCAGCUUACCUGUACUUUUUGGAGAAAAAAAAACACGUCAAAACCAAAAGCUUUUCUCCCAGCUGUCUACGUCAGCUCAAAAACAAACCAGAACUCAGGGAGUCAUUCAAACCGUUUAGAAAGGAGCAUGAGAUGUAAAUAUUGUGGUUAAGGUAAUUUUCGAGCACCCCCACCCCCUCCCCGGCAUUCUUAAAAUAAAUUAAAAGCGUCUUUCGUGCAUGAAGUCACGAUGACUCAAAUAUGACCCCACAGGAAUGUUAAAGUAGAAAGGUAUUUUUUUAAAAAAAGUAUUAUUAUAUAAAAUCUCAAAGGUUAAGUGAAAAUGGGAAUGUCAAGCGAGUUUUACAAAGAGGGAUGAGGAGGGAGGAAUUUUGUGUGUAAAUCAAAGAAGGGAAACAAAACAAAAAAAAUGUAACCAUGUAAUGAAAGAAGAAAUAAUGUACACCACCAAAUAGCCCAUGCCUCUAUUAUUAGAAAUACUUUAGUUUUGUUUUGUUUUCUUUGUUUUGUUUUUUAAAACGUGUUCAUUUGGACCGACGGUCAUUAUUCAUUGUCCGUUUUACAUAGUAAUAUUCUAAGUGAGGGGUUGGUCUCGUAUCUUGAGCUGAAAGACUGUUUAUAGAAAUACGAGAAACGAAACAAAAUUAUUUUAACAGGGCCGUGUAGAGAUCGCUGUAAGCCUAAAUUUUCGCAUGGAUUGUUGAAGAUGUUUCUUUCUUUUUAAAAAAAUAUAAUAAAUUAUGACUAUUUUUUUUCUGCACGAACAUCUUAUUGUGGCACUAUCUUUGGUACUCACACUAGAAACCUGGUCGAUUUCACCCCACGAUUAGAGGAAAAAAAUAGUGGAUCUAAUUCGAAACCGUGCUGAAAAAAAUACACUAACACGAGUUCUGUUAUAAGUCCAAGCCAGGGCGUAGAAGCAAGAUCCAUUUUCAGUCUUGUAAAGCGGGGUUUUUUUUAAAUCUUUCGUUCAAAAUCUGUCAAUCUUAUCCUUUUUGUAAAAAAAAAAAAACAUUUCUAUACGCCACUCUCCUCCCACAAACACCCGUUUGCCACCAUAAGAAUAAGGGCAAAGACCACAAUUUCAGACACAUUGGGGCCUUCAUGUAUUUUAAAUGAAUAGACGCAAAAAAGCAUUCAUGCCACCUACUUCAUUGUACUCGGGGGCCUGUUUGAGCGUUCUAAUCAAACAUUAAUUUCCUUCACAAUAAUUGUGCCACUUGGAUGUGUUUCACCUUUUCCCACCCUUUAUUUCCCUCAUUGUUUACCAAUAGGUACUCUGUACUUUUAGCAGAGCUGGGUCUGCACCCACUUUUAUAUAAACCGGAUUGCAAACCCAGUUGAGUGAUACAGCUCAUACGAAAAAUGGAGAAGAAAAAAAAACCCUACCGAAUCAAAGAUUUGUCGACCGCUCCAAAAAAA